GACCCCAGCUGGUGAACUUACCAAUUAGGUAAAAUGUCGCUCCUAGUCAUUCAUUUCGUUCUUACGCUCCCUCUUAAAUCGACUUGAGAGUAAACAUAACAGCCUUCAGUCCAUACCGUACGUCUGCCCGAGAUCAUCGAUAGAAGGACUCACGUACUAUGGCCCUACGACCCGAUACAUUUCCAAGCAGUAAGGAUCUAUCGUCCAAUACCGCUGAGUCGCUCGGUGUCAUUUCGAAUGCUGAUCACCAGCACUUGCGACGUUUCAAUGCGAAUGAAGUCACAUCGGUCGAUGUCUGUCUGCACGACAUUAUUCGUGAACGCUGUCUCGAAAGAGCUGAUGCUCCAGCCGUGUUCUCAUCGACUGGUCAAUUUAGCUAUCGAGAACUCGACACUCUUUCUACACACUUGGCGUUACGUCUCAUUUCGUAUGAUGUGGGACCCGAAUCCUUUGUACCAUUGCUGUUCGAAAAAUCACGUUGGACAUCUAUAGCAAUGCUUGGGGUACUCAAGGCCGGCGGUGCAUUCAUUCUUAUGGACCCCUCGCAUCCCAGGCGCCGCUUGCAAGAAAUAUGUGACACGAGUAGAGCAAAACUCGUCGUAUGUUCUUCACAGCAGCAGCCAUUGGCCAGCCAGCUUAUGGCAAAUGUCGUGAUCGUAGACUGCACCGACGAUACGAACAAUAAAGAACCCGAUACCGAGAUCCAUGCAUUGAGCAAGGCAACCCCCGAGAAUGCCGUAUAUUGUGUUUUCACUUCAGGCAGCACCGGGAAGCCUAAAGGAGUCGUAAUAGAGCAUCGCAAUUAUUGCACAGCUCUUGUGACUCAGAAAGAGGCAUUUGGCCUUGAUGAGCAGACAAGAUAUCUUCAAUUCGCAUCAUACGCCUUUGAUACGAGCAUAUCAGACCACUUUAUGACUUGGCUCGCCGGAGGCUGUGUCUGUGUUCUCUCGGACUCAGAGAGAAGAGACAGUUUCUCCGAGGUUGCAGUUAGAUUGAAGGCCAAUGUACUAGACCUUACACCAUCUCUUGCCAGGCUCAUCAGACCAGAUAGUAUCCCAUGUGCAAAGGCCCUUGUCCUUGGAGGCGAAGCAAUGAAGCCCCACGAUGUUGACAUAUGGGCAGACAAAGUCAGGCUGAUCAACGGAUAUGGUCCCUCGGAGUGUUCAGUGACAGCAACACUUACGACCUCGGUAAAACCGGGUGCGGAUCCUACAAACAUUGGCUAUCCUGUAGGAUGUAUUGCCUGGAUUGUUGAUCCGGACAACCACAACACCCUCCUAGGUCCAGGCGCUGUGGGCGAGUUGGUUCUUGAAGGGCCGAUUGUAGGUCGUGGCUAUCUCCAUGAGCCCGAGAAGACAGCUGCAGUAUUUGUGUCCAACCCAAGUUGGGUAUCAAGCUUUCGAGGCUCAUCGUAUGAAGGACGCUUUUACAAGACAGGCGAUCUUGCUAGGCUUUCUGAACGAGAUGGGUCCAUCUUUUUCUGCGGACGGAAAGACAAUCAGAUCAAGAUUCGUGGACAACGACUGGAAGCUGGCGAGGUAGAGAAUGUUAUCGCACAGUGUUUGCCCAUGGCUAGUUCCGUUCUUGUGACCACAAUCUCCAGUAGAACAAGCAGUCUGAAUCACAUCCUUGCGGCUUUUAUCGAGAUGCCAUCUCUGGUGGCAGAGAACGAUGAGGAUGCGAGACUCGUCUCGACUACCCCGAUCUUCACAAGACCAACCCAGAUCACUCGUAAGAAACUAACAGAUACUGACCAGACAUUAGCAGCCAAACUCCCCUCAUAUAUGCGCCCAACAAAGUAUUUUACGCUCUACAAGUUUCCUGUCUCGAUCAACGGGAAGACCGACGUAAAGCUGCUACAGUCCAAAGCAGACUCUCUCUCAGCUGCGGACCUUGACAAGUACACUGGGUUCCAUCAAACGAGGAGAGUGCCUUAUAACGAAGCCGAAAAGGUGCUCCAAAUGGCUUUUGCCGAAUUGUUCAACCGGGAGCCCGAGAGUGUUGGCCUAGACGACUCUUUCUUCGACCUAGGAGGAGACUCACUUCUCGCAAUUAGUCUCGUCAACCGUCUUCGUAAGUUCAGCGUGCAAAUCCAAGUUUCGGAAAUUCUCCGUCAUCCCAAGAUAUCCGACCUGGCCGCAUCAGUCUGCCACUUUGACAAAAUCAAAGGAAUGCGUAUCGAUACAAGGGGGUUGAUUAGCGCAGAGUUUGGGUUCACAGGAGAGGACGAUUUGUUUGCUGCAGCAUCGACGAAGGAGCUGCCUUCCACAGACAUACAAAAGGUACUCCCUCUCACAGAGGCCCAGCAAGUUCGACUUCGUGAAUCUCUUCAGUAUUUCAUCUUCGAUUUUGCUGAACGUAUCGACGAUGCCAAAUUGCUUUCAGCUUGUCGGCUGCUAGCCGAGCGGCACGAGAUCUUGCGUGUGGUGUUCCGAAUGAUAAAUGGUCAGAUAGGCCAAGUGAUUCCUUUCCAGCCCCCCGAGGGGCUUGUUCAGUCACGGAUGGAAUCCGGAAACCUAGACGAUCAAGUUUCGAAGUUAUGCUCCCAGGACGACCUCACAUUACCCCCCCUCGAUAGACCAAUCACAAGAUUCACACACAUCUCAACACCUUCCAGCCGCAGCGUCCUCGUUAUCCGCCUUUCCCACGCCCAGUUUGAUGGAUAUGCCCUCGAAGUCCUUUUCUCGGACCUGCAGGCUCUUUACGAAGACCAGGCUCUCGCUCCCGCCACCCAAUACUCAGCCCACAUUGAAGAAUUGUUGCGUCAGAAGUCCUCCUCGGAAUCCAUCGACUUCUGGCGAUCCCGCCUCUCGGGCCACCUGAUAACACAUCUCCCUUCAGGCCCGUCUCCUAUGUCGUCGCCCCAAUGGUCCCUUCCCACGCUACAUACCCCACCUAUUCCGCCUGUCGAGGGCAUCACCCUCGCAACUAUCGUCAAUGCCGCAUGGUCUCUGAUCCUCGUUCGCUUGACUCAGCACCGGCCCAGCACACUAAGCGCACUGGCCACUUCCCCAAACCUCAGUCCAGUUCCCGUUGUGUUUGGUAUGAUGACCAAUGGGCGUAACAGUGGACGUGUAUCCGACACCACGACCUGUGUCGGCCUAUGUACGAACACAAUCCUCCUGCGUGUCGCUGCAUCAGCAGACCUGACGGUGCACCAACUGCUUAUCGAUCUGCAAAACCAGUAUAUCGAUGCUAUGGCCCAUGAACUCGUGGAGCUGCCCACUAUACUCGGGGUGACGGCGGGUCGGACGUUUACGGAAACAAAUACUAUGGUGCCUGGAGACGGCGAUUUCGGAUCUGUGGUCAAUUUCCGUGGUGCAGAGGUCGAGGGCAAGGGACCACUAAAGCUAAGUGGCGUGCCAGGAACGAGACUGGAAAGGGGUGUACCGCCGCGGAGGAGACAGGUCAUUUUAAUUGCGGUGCAGCAGAGAGACCAGAUAUGGUUGAAGAUAGCCGUGCCAGAUUAUCUACUUAACGAGGAUCAAGCAAGGGAGGUAUUGGUAUUAAUGUCAGAGUUAGUUAUCGUACUAGCGAAGAAUAUUAAGAGUACAUUAAAAGAAAUUCAAUGGGCUUAAAGUAUAUAUAUAAAAUAAGCCAUAAGAAUUAAUAUACUCUAUUUAUUAUUU